GCUUGAGCAACUCAUAGUAAAUGGAGUCGUGGAAAACGACGUCCCUUAUGAAAGUACGCUUGGGAAUCCCAGACCCUUGAAUGGAAGGAGUUGGGUAGAAUUAAUAAACCUAAAGGAAGUUCUUGCAUUAGUUCCUAGAUAG